AUGAAUUGGACUACCAUGAGAAUUUACUUGCGCAACAAUCCAACUGUAAAAGUCCUUGGCAAACUUCUUCUUGGUCAACUAGUUUCUUCCGCAGUAGCACUCAUGAGCAUCACUACUUCUCUCAUUGCCGAAUUUGGUGUUGAUACACCUUUAACUCAGAGCCUUUUUACAUAUGGAUCAAAAUAUUUUAAUCAAUCAAUUAACUUGAUUCCAAAGUUAAAAUUUUCAGGUGGAUCAAAAAUUAUCUUGGGUGAUGAACUUGUUAUUGUAGGGACAGUUUUCUAUGCAAUAAGCAAUGUUGGCGAGAUAUGUGAAUUUUGUAUUAAGAAAAAAGAUCGCGUUGAAGUAGUUGCAAUGCUCGGUGUUUAUGGAUUCCUAGUUACCGCGGUUGAAGUAUCUAUUUUAGAAUUGAAGACUCUGGAAUCAAUCAAAUGGUCUGCAGAUAUUGUACUUGCUUUUGCUAGCUAUGGUGUGUCAAGCUUCAUCUUUUACUCAUUUGCUCCCUUUGUUCUUAAGCUGAGUGGAAUUUUGUGUCAUGCAGUUGAGUGGAUCAACAAUGUUUCUUUUGCAGUUGUUGGUAUUGGUCUAACCAUUUAUUCUUCGACGGAGAAAAAAUCAGUUCCUGCUGCAGCUACUACUAUUGAGGAAGAUGAGAAUCUGAAGAUAGAAUACCAAAUACUUAAUGGUGAAAGUGAAGGUGUAACAGCAUCAACUUGA